UAGUAUUUUAUUACUAGAGGGAUGUAUUCAAAACUUUGAACUUUAAAGGAAUUUGAGUUCAAGUUCAUCGUUGCCUCCGACUUCGAGCACUGAUUGUCAGGUGUCAGAUUGUCAGCUGUGUGCCUGGCAAAUGUCGAAAUUGGUGUUAAAAUACUGAACUUGUUUGUUAUGGUCGUGUGAGUUUUUGAUAACGAAAAUGUUUAAUCUCUUUUGCUGCUAAGAAUAAUACUCCGAAAUGAACCUUCGCUUUAUUUGAUCAUUAAAAAUAGAUUUAUGGGAUUUCAGUCAGCUGUGUCAAUGCUCAUCUUUUAGAUUCUCUGUAGUUUUAACAUUUUUAGAGUCAGUCACUAAUGGCUGUAAGCUGGGACAAACUGAGUUCUAUGGUGGACUCUGUAAAUACUCGGUCACCCAAUGCUCUAGAGCAGCUAUUAGAGGAAGUCAAUUUUCAAAGAAGGAAAGAACGAAGAAAAUGUGUUAGAGAUGAUUCUGACUUUGUGAUGCUUCAUGGAACGCCAUACUGGACUGAUUUGUUUGUUCGGCACUUUCUUUUUGAAUCAGAUCAAAGUAUUGAUGCUGAUGAUCUCCUAUUUUUUGUAAGAAAAAAACUAAUUAAAGGUUCCACUAGAUUUCUCAUGAAAUUUGAGACUGAAGUGGAAGUUUUCCGUCGAGACAGCAAAAAACUACCAAUAGGAGAUCCUGAUGUUGCAUGGGAGGAAACACUAUAUUUAAAUUUAAUUAUUCAUCAGUUUGAUUACAUGUUGACCCUGGCAGUUUGCACAAGAACAAGCCCUAAAGAUCUACAAGUGCUAAAGCGUCAUUGUCAAAGAGUUUAUGCGUCACCCAGUCGUAGGAGAAUGGACGUAAAAGGUGAUCUAGAAGAAAUUACAUAUCCAAACAUUUGUUUCAUGGUAGACAAUUUUGAUGAGGUCUAUGACGAUAUGCUCGUCAGAGAUGGUGAGAUGGUAUGCGUCGAGCUGGUUGCCACUAAUAGACGUGGAAUUCCCCAGGGAGUCCUUUUCUUGGGUUCCAUACGAUACGAAGCCUUAAAGAAAGUUUACGAUUCCAGGGCUAGCUUAGGCACGAGAGUGGCCCAAAAAUUUUCUUUGGGGCUGUGGAAUGGAGCAAACACACAUCGCAUGGAGUUCGUUCGCAUGAAAGGCCCUCAAGGAAAGGGCCAUUCUGAAAUGGCUGUUACGAAACCUAAAAGUUCGGGAUUGGACACGCCAUGCUCGGAACCCGGUUUUAGUGCAACAGAGCUUUGGGAUGCUGAAUGGGAUUCUGAACCGGAAGAUUUGUGCUCAAAUACUAGACAGAGACGAUUGAGCGAGCCAAGUGGUGGUAUGCCUAUAAAUAGCCGUUGUCAACGGCCGAAUACUAGUCAUCAAAUGAAUGGAGGUAGUAACGUGCCACGUUUGGAGAAUGAAAACAUUGAUAAGUGCAGCAGUGCUUGGAACGAGAUAGAAGCCGGAGAUGUACGAGACGGCAUGCUGGCCGAGGAAUCGGAAUCAACGGGCGUACACAGCCACAAGACUGGUGCGACGUACAAGCAACUGGUGGAUGGCAACCGAGUUUACUUUCGUGAUGGAGAGUCAGCUCGGCCCAAUGUACCUGCUGGUCCGCCCGCCGAGCUGGAUGACGGAGUGUGCAAUCCACUUUGGACCAUGAAAGGAUUCACACAAACCUUCCAUUACUUAAAGGAAUCCCGACGUGCUCAGUCGGUGCCUCUCAACGCGCUUCUCACUUACGUCACUGUUCCUUGGUAUUCAAUUAUCGCUGACAUACUGGACCAUCAUGACACGCCUACUCUUACAUUCUAAUGAAAGCAACAAUUCAUUCCCGUUUUGAUCUUGUCAAAACUUCCUUCUGUUUUCUAGUUAUUUCUAAGUCAUUUUUGUGUUGUUUGUUU